GCCGCUCCUACCGAAUACAAGAAGAAAGGUGGAAAACCCUCCCGAAUCCCUCCUUCGUUCGCUCUGGUGUGUAGAUUAGAAGCAAGCAAUGCCGCUAACCGGAUCCUCUCCCAUCCCUCUCCAGAGCUCAGCCUCUCCCCAUCCUCUCCUCCCCUCGAAUUCCUUCAAGAAUGUGCUCUCUCCCGGAACCCUAGCCCCCAAGAAGAAGAAGCUCUCCGUCUCCUGCCGUCGCUCCGACUACUUCGACCAGCAGAGGCUCGCCUCCCCCGCGCCCCGGGACUCCUCUUUCGCUCCCCAGCCCCCCGGAGUUCAAUCUUCAAGGGUUUUCGUGGGGUACUCCAUCUACAAAGGGAAGGCCGCCCUUACCGUGGAACCGAAAGCUCCCGAGUUCACCCCAUUGGAUUCUGGGGCGUUCAAGGUAUCAAAGGAAGGGUUCAUUCUCCUUCAGUUUGCUCCCGCAGCAGCAGUCCGGCAGUAUGACUGGAACAGGAAACAGGUUUUCUCUUUAUCUGUACCUGAGAUUGGCGCUUUAAUGGCUCUUAGUGAAAAGGACUCAUGCGAAUUUUUUCAUGAUCCAUUCAAGGGAAGAAGUGAAGAAGGCAAGAUCCGGAAGGUUUUAAAAGCAGAACCUCUUCCAGAUGGCAGUGGGCACUUUUUUAAUCUUAGUGUUCAGAAUCGCCUCCUGAAUGUGGAUGAAAGCAUUUACAUUCCUAUCACUAAAGCAGAGUUCGCUAUUCUAAAGUCAGCUUUCAACUUUAUCUUGCCACACCUUCUGGGUUGGCAUGCUUUCGCAAAUGCCAUCAAACCAGAGGACUCCAUUCGUUCAAACAAUAUGACCGCGCGAUCUGGAGCUGAAUUGGAAUGGGGCAGGUGAAGAAUAUGGCACAAUGACAUGCAUGACAGAGGUUCCCUUUCAAGUCCAUUUUGUUCAAGGAAGCAACUUUUGUAUUCCUUCAUUUAACUUUUCGCUGCAUAUGUAUAUGCAUGGAUCUUGGGCAUGGGGAAAGACAAUAUGUCAGAGAGGAAAGAACCGAGCUUCUGGUGUUGCUCAACUGCAUCGACCAUGGACACUGAUUUCAUGGGCUGUGAAUUGUCUGUUGUAGGUAUUGCAUGUCAUGUGCACCAUGUUGGAGCUUCUGUAAAAUAUAAUGAUACAUGUCAUGCGUGGUAUAUUUUGGUUGGGUUACUGCAAAUAUUGUAGACAUUAUCUUCAUCAUUUUCAAUUAUGUCUAUGUUUUAUCCUAUAAA